UUCUUUGAGUACAGAUUGAAAAUUUUUAUCUGAUACGACAGAGGAAACGUUUGUCGUGUCUACAUACCUGGAAUUUGAAACGUCGCUAUAUGUGUGCAUAUCAUUUUGAUGAAACAUCGAUGGAGUGUUUUUAAAUACUAAGGUGAGGAAAAAAAAUCUCAUUCAUCUGGCCGUAACAUGGUUGACGCUAAGGAAUUGAUUUGCGAUACUUUACACGAGUAAUGGGUAAUACAAUGUGAUGUUAUCAAAGUAAACCUAUACAUGUAUUAUGCGCACCAUUUGCAGCAGAAGUGUUAAAUUAUUACUGAGAAGAACGUUCAUUUUCAUACCGGUGAUAUGUUUGGUUUAUGUUGGAUAUAACCAUAUAAUAUCAGAUGGAUACUAUACACAGCAGUGUCAAAUACAACGACCAUUGGACGACAAGUCAAUCAGAAGGCAUUUUUGGGUUCCGGGAAAUGUCAAGUGCUACUCCUGGCCAGAGCUGGUUUACCUCAAUUCAUCCGGGUUUCUUCACUUCAACCAAUCAGCUGCUCCGUGGCCACCACACGAUCAAAACUAUCUGCGAUGCAAAUAUUCCAUCAUAUACUUAUUUGGAAUCAACGAGGCACGCUUUUAUGAGUUCCAUAUCUCUUCAUUUCCAUUACAAGUAAACCGAGACUUUAUCCAUGUGUCUUGUAAUAUUAACGAUACCACUGUUUAUGCUAACUUCCUGUACAACGUGAAUCCGAAAGUAAAUGGAAGACAUUUGAUGCCUGAAUCGGAAGAACAGCUUAACUUAUUUAUUUUUGGUUUCGAUUCUGUGUCACGUUAUCUCGCUGAAAAGAAAUUAAGAAAAACUUUAGAAGUACUAGAAAAAGACUUAAAAGCCUAUAGAUUUGAGGGAUAUGCACGGGUGGGUGAUAACACCUUUCCAAAUCUACUGGCUGCCUUGACAGGGAAAACUAUUGCAGAAGCAAUAUUUUCUCGGUCAGAAAAUACUUUAUACUCAGAAGUAUUGAAGCGUGGUUAUAUUGACUGUCAUGCCGAAGACUGGGCCACCUAUUACCCGCCUUUGAUAGUGUCUUACCCAAAUUAUACCCACUAUCUGAGGACGUUCUUUUUUGCAAGAGAAAUUCCGCCUCUGAAAAUUUUGAAAAAGGGGAGAUCAUAUGAAGACCUUCAAAAUGUAGUUGACCCCAAAUGUUAUGGUAAUCAAUUACAACAUAAGAUUAUUUUAGAUUACAGUAGGAAGUGUAUUCAGCAGUAUAGACAGGCAAGAAAGUUUGUCUUCUUUUGGCAAAAUGAAAUAAGUCAUCAUCAGCCAAAUUUCCUGUCCCUUGCAGACAAGGAUACAGCUGACCUUAUAACAUGGAUGAGAGACCACGGACAUCUGAAAAAUUCUGUUCUGAUACUCAUGAGUGACCACGGUCCUCGUUAUGGCCCCAUUGCCAGACACGAACUUGGAAUGAUCACAAGAAAUCUGCCAUUGUUAACUAUUUAUCUUCCGGAAAGUAUGAAACAAAAAUAUCCACAUAUUCACAAAAAUUUGCUCACAAAUAAAAUGCGUCUGACAACUCCCUUUGAUCUUCACGAGACAAUGAAGGAUAUUUUAUUUCAAAACUUCAAGAGGGAAAAUUUUUCACCGUUAUCUGCACUGCCAAGAGGAAUAAGUCUUUUCCAGGAAAUACCUAAAUAUAGAAGCUGUUACGACGCCUCUAUAUCGGAAAACUAUUGUCCUUGUUAUUCCUAUGCACCUUUAGAUGUACAGACUCCUAUCGUACAGAAAUCAGCAGGGUUUGCAGUAAUAUAUAUAAAUCUAAAAUUAUUCAACUCUAAAUUACCGUGCACAAAUUUGGGACUACAUUCAAUUCACUCUGCCAAACUUCAAAGAAUUCCACAGAAAAAGUAUUCAACGAAAGAAGUUCAGUUGACUGUUAUCUUUGAAACAACUCCAGGACAUGCAAUAUUCCAAGCGACAGUCAGAACCUAUUCACAAAGUAUAGAUAGUAUGAAAAUUGUAGGAGAAAUAGAAAGAGUGAACACCUAUGGCAAUCAAUCUAGAUGUGUCCCUAGCGGACCAUUGAAUAAACAAUACCGUUUUUAUUGCUAUUGUAAAUGAUUUUUAUUAUAAUUUUAGAAUUUUUUAAAUACAAUUUCAACUUCCGUAAAGCCAACCACCAAAUGUGAUUCAAACUUUAAAUGAAUAUUUAAAGUGUAUCCAUAAUAUAUUUUUCGGUUUAUUCCAAUGAAAUAUCAUUGAGAUGGCAAUUUCGUGUACAAUUUCGAAAAAAUCACGAAUAAAAAUUAAGUUAU